UGAUGUAAACAAAACACAGGAACAGCUGAGAGGAGGCGCUGCUUGGGGGAAGAAGCAUCAAUAAAACGCCAUUUUCCGCGGGUCUAUCCACUGUGCAGGGGUUUUCUACGUUUAUAUUUCUUCAUCGCAUUACAUUCAUUUAGUCAUUAUGAAUAACCAAGUCAAACCAUUCAGGGAAAGGAGGAGUUUCGCCCAGAGACAGCGAGAUGUAGAGCAGAUACGAGAGCAGCACCCCAACAAGGUUCCCGUGAUUAUUGAACGGUAUCCUGGGGAGAGGCACCUUCCUCUCCUCGACAAGACCAAGUUCCUUGUGCCAGAUCAUGUGACAAUGGGGGAACUCGUCAAGAUUCUAAGGCGUCGUCUGCAAUUGCACCCAACCCAAGCUUUCUUCCUCCUGAUUAAUCAGCGUGCUUUAGCUAGUGUCUCAAAUACUUUGGCUCAGGUAUACGAACACCACCACCAUGAGGAUGGAUUCCUGUACAUGGUUUAUGCUUCUCAGGAGGUGUUUGGUCAAUGAUGCUUGUGACGCAAGUUGGAUGAUCAUCCGUGCUUUUUCUGAUUGGAGAACUAACUGUUGCUUUCCAUAGAAGGUCCAUACACUUCUUCACCUUCCUCUUUCAUUCUUCUUCACCUUCUCCAUCUCUUUAUCCUUUUUUUAUUCUCAGAGUGAAUGGACUAAGAAAAUGGACAGCGAUUUUUCUCUCCUUGUUUAGGGUUAAGGCAACACUACAUGAUAUUCUGUGUAUAAAAUCUUCAGCAUAUGAGUGAUUUGAAGGAUAUAUUGUCUAUGAGUGGUAGUGAAUGGUAUCCAUGGGUUAGCAAUUAGAGAACUGUAGUUCUUAAUAAAUGAAGAAGGUGGUUUUUAAAUGAUGUUACACAAGGAAUUUCUCAAGUGCACUUGUGUCAUAAUAAACAUUUUUGAUGAUUGGUGCAUUUAGUAAUUGUAACUCUAGAAAUAUUUAUUUUUUCUUUAUUUUACCUCAUGGUAUAUCCCCAUAUCUGUAAGUUAUGUACAAGCUGCAGAUAUAUUUCUAAUGUAAUAAAAUUAUCGAAUAUGGAAUACUGGUAUAGAGAAUCAAAUAUUAACUGUAUCAAAUUAGUUAUUGGGAAUGUUAUAAAAUUUCAAUUGACUUAGGUCCAAUUGUAAAAGAAAUAUUUUAUACCUGACUAGUUCUAACUGCAUUACUAUUACAAUGACAGCUAUCUUAUGUUGGUUUGAUACACAUUUUUUUCAUCGCUUCAUUUGUUAUUACACUAAAUUUUAAAAAAAUUAAUGUUCACCACAUCCCCCCCCCCAUCAAACCUAUUGCUUCAUUCAGUAUUAUUUUGCAGCAGUUAGCACCAGGUUUUGUUAUCUUUGCUCUGGUUGCCGUCAUUUGUUAUCAGAGGUGACAAUUCACAUAAAGUCAGUAAAUGUCAUUUUUGCCAACUUUUCUCCAUUCUCUAAGAAAACCAAGAGUGUAUAUUAGCAACUAUUUUACCAGCUCAUUCAUAUAUUUUAUAAGUAGGUCAAUGAACCCCCUGUUUUUGUGUAUCAAUAAGUGUUUUUUUUUUUUAGAGUUGAAUUCAGUUUUGUUCACGGCUUUCUCAUUCUGUACUUAAUGCUUUGCUGCGUAAGGGGAGAAAUAGCUUAUUUCUUUGAAGGGGAUUCAAGAAAUCUGACGGGAUCAUAUUUAAAGGAAUUUUUCAUGCCCAUUUCAACUGUGGGGCAAAAAGGGAUGCAGCCUCUUCUCCUCUUGAAUCUUUUUACAGUUGCAACUUUGUUUUCUGAUGACAGGAUCUCAGUAACUGGCAUUGCCAGGUGUUCACUUGAAGGUCAAGUUUGAACCAUAGCAUUUGGACUGUCCAAUCACUAGUACUUCCAUGAGUGUUAUGAGAGACUGGAAGGCAUGAUUAUGCAGUUGGUAUGGAAUGCUGUGCUAUUUUAAUGUUAUCUGUAUGGUACGUAUUAUCGUAUAUUACCCAUUGUGGGUGGUACCAAGCAGGCAUUGUAGAAUCUGUUUUGAAGUUAUCGUUAAGAAACAAAGACUUGCUCCUUGUUAUGUCAUCAUGAUCAAGUUGUCCAAGAACUAUUACUGUGGACAAGAUGUUCAUAAACUUGAGUGUUCAUCAUUUAUAUAUAUAAUCAGAUUGGAACAUUGUUUUACUGAAGUUGUUAGUGUGGCUCUCUGUCAUGCAGGCUUUACCAUAGCAUUAUUUAUUGGAUCUUGUUAUUCAUCAUUCUGUGUGAGGAAACUCCAAAUGCAGCAUUAUGUUCACUAAAUACUAUCAAUCAGUAGUAUUUUAUCCAUUUGCAAUAAACAGCUUUAUUUUCUUCUUUCUCUUUCUAAGUUUGUAAGUGUAGUGCAAAUACUGCAAAAUUAUCAAACCCUUUUUGGUUUAACCAUUUAUGUGGGUAUAAAAUAAAUUUAUUUUUUAAGUUAAUGAUUUGCAUUGGUAGUACAUCCUGGUUUGUAUGGAUACCAAAAAAAUGUAUAAAAAAAAAUAUAUAAAUCUAUAAAAUGAGAUGUAAAAAAUUACAUUAAGAAUUCUAUCCAUACAUGUAGUGUUCAGAAGUUUAUAGGUAAGACUUUGACAUUGGGCUUUCAGUGCUCAUGUUGGGAAAGGUCUUUCCUGUGUCUAGUCUAAGCAUGGAGUUGGGCAUAACAUCAGUAUAUUUGUAACUACCCCUUGACUUUAUUUUUGUUUUAUUCAUUUUAUUUUUUAUUUAUUUUUUUAUGAAGCAAUGGCGUGUAUUUUGUAUGUUUGAAGUGUAGUAGAGUUUGUAGACCAGACAUAAUUUUUUAUAUAUUUUUUUAUUGUCUUAUUAAAUAUCUUCACAGUUUAUUCCAUUUGAUUAUUAUCAUUGCUAAUUAUGAAUUAUUAUGGAUAUUUGUUUCUGUAUCAUAAAAGUUAAUAACAUUGGGGCCUAGGGUAUUGAGCCUCAGGCGAUGACCCUCGGUUUGCUGAGAAGUUCAGGCCCAGCAUUGACAUGUUUUGUUGGUCUUUCAUAGUCAUUUUUAAGAGGUUUAACAUUUAGAUGUAAAUAAAUACAUUGGAAUGAUUCACAAUAUUCAAAUCCAGCUAAAGAAAUAUAUGUUUUUUAUACUGUA